AUGGCUUAUCAAAUCAACGACACAACUGAAACAAAUAACAUCUCAUCAGUCUCAUUUGAUGACGAAUUAGAAAGAGGAAGUCGUUAUUGGACAACUGAAUUUCAAUAUAAUGACAAUAGUAUUAAUGAAAAUGAUUGGUCUUCGUCUGAUGAUAGUGAUAAUGAUAACAAUGACGAUGACAAAGAAAUAACUUACCAUCAUAAAGAAACAUCAAGUGACAAGAAUAUUUAUUGGAGUGAUGGUUCUUAUCUGACUUAUGAUAUGCGUUUAGAAUCUAUCACUCGAUUCGAACGUCGACAAGCAUGUUAUUACCAAGGAAAAAUUCAACAAAUUCGACAACAAUUAAGAGAUGAAAAUCUUAUUUUACGACCUAUUUAUAAAGAUAUUGGAUAUCAUGUAGAGUCAAGCAACAAUUUUUAUAAUAAAGUCAAUCAAUUUAUGAAACAAACCAGCAGCUAUUCAUUAGUUUUUAAAGUCAGUCGUUCAUGUCCGACUGCUAGUCAAAAUCGUUUAGCUAAUAUUGUUGAACGAGUCGAAACAACAUUGAACAAUUUAUUACAUUCUAAAUCUAUUACUGAAACACAAUAUAUGGCUAUGAAAAUCGAUCGAUCUACAGUACGAAUGAACUAUUUAUAUUUCGUAUCAGAUACACAUAAAGAAGGAAUUUCAGUUCAACCGAUCAUCAUAUGUAAUGAUGGACCAACUAUGGGUAUUAGUCGUUAUCUUGGUCGUCUUCUUGAAUUACUUUUUAAUGAUGCAACUUAUUGUAAAAAAUUUCACAAAGCUUAUAAUGUUAUACAUGCCAUGGAAUUCUAUCAGAAAAAUGGUCAUCUUCGACCAACCACCUUAUUUGCUUCAUUUAAUAUUAAUGAUUUAUGUUUAAAUUUUUCACAUCAACAAGUUAUGGAUGCUUUAGAACAUUUCCUUAAUUCUUACAUCUCAUCAGAUCAUUCAAUUCAAGGUAUGACAAUUACAACAAUUCUUCAACUUGUUCGUCUCGUACUACAUGAACAAUAUUUUCUUUACAAUUAUAAAUUAUAUCGACAAAUUGCUGGUUGUGCUUCUGGUUCAUUAUUAACUAUUCCAUUAGUCUAUAUCUAUUUAUUUUAUUGGCAACAAAAUUUAUUAGAAGAUCUUAUUAAUAAGAAUGAACUCUUUUUCAGAUAUCGAGAUGAAGCAUUUAUUACAUGGAACAGAUCUGAAGAUGAACUUCGUACAUUACUUACUAUGACUAAUUCACAAUUUUCACAACCUAUAUGGAAUAUAACUCAUAUUGGAUCAACUAUUCAUUUUCGCGAUAUUCUAAUAAGUAACAAAAAUGGGCUUCUUCGAACAAGUGUUUAUCAUGAAGAAACAUUUGAACACAUUAUGUUACUGUCAUCAUUUCGGGAUAUUCUUCAACCUACAAUCAAACAAGAUCCAUGGAAAUGGUUACGAGCAGCUUUUUUAAAAGCCAUCCGAUACUGUUCCGAUGGCCAUAUUUUCAAUCAAGAAUGGGAUGAAAUCAAAUGGCAACUUAAUCAACAUCAACUACCUGAUAUUAUCUUUAAUGAAGCCUAUCAAAAAAUUCUCGAAGAUUUUAGUGCAUCCGUUGUGUAUCCACCAUUCACCAGAUCUAAUCAUGAAAUUCUACGUGACCAUGUUUUCAACUAUGACAGAUAUCGAAAAAUCACCGGACAAUGCAACAUGUUACCAUGA